AUGGACCUCUUCCCCCAGAACAACAUCAUCUUCCGUGCAAACUGCUGGAUGUAUUUAUUCCUCAACUAUUCUGGAUGGAAGAAACCCUCAAGUCGCCCGCAGGGAGACCUCCCAAGGUACAAAUCUGCGGAGCACACAUUAAUCAGAGUGAAGAAGAGGUUGCGGCUCUCUCAAGGGCAGCGCACAAUUGCGCCACUAGAUGCCACUGUCGAGCCAGCUUUGGAGCUCACUGGGUGUAUUUUGUGGCCGCUGUCGUUCCCUCCUCGCCCGAAAGGCGAUCCCUGGGUAGGCGGAGGGGGCAGUGGCCGCCAGCAGCCGGCACGGCACCCCCGCGCCGGAAUCCCGGCGGGAUUCCCCAUCCUGCCGCCGGCCGGAGCGCGCCCGCGCUGGGAACACGGGGAGCGGCGCCCAGCAGGCGCGGCGGGGCAGGCACAGGAGCGCGCUGCGAGCGGAGCGCGGGGCUCUCCCUUCAGAGGCGGGCGGGACCCGCUCCGCGCCCAGCCAGCCGAGCUGAAGCCCGCAUGGCGCGGCUCCACAUGGCGGCAAGGUGAGGCUCCGGCAGCACCACCUGGGCCGGGGCAGCGGGGCAGGGACGCGGAGCGGAGCCCCCGGCGGGCUGCGGGGAGAGGCAGCCCGGCAGCGGCGGCCGAGCGGGAGCGCGGGGGCGGCGGGCGGGGCGCGGGCGGCGGCUCCCCCUGGCCGGGCGGCGCUUGGUUUCUCCUGCCAGCGGAGGCAGGGCCAGGCGCGGCGACGGUGGGCGCGGAGUUGGCGGCGGGGCUGGGGGCAGUCGGCGGCGAGCUCCGGCCGAGUUUGUUCUGUACGCGGGGCGGAAGGUCUCGCUGCGGGAAGCGGAGCGGAGCCAGCCCCCGAGGGGAAUCGCCUGCCCCCGAAGGAAGGGCUGCCCGGAGCCGGCCCCCGCCUCGCCGCGCCGCCCGGAGCCGGAGGCGCCCGGAGGGAAAAGUUGCGUGCGGGGCCGGGCCGGGCGCGAUGCCGGGGCGCGGCGCGCUCUGCCUGGGGCUGCUGCUGCCCGUCCUGCUGGGCUGCGGCUCGGCGCAGCCCGGCGCCUGCCCGGCCCUGUGCGAGUGCUCGGAGCCGGCCAAGACGGUGAAGUGCGUGAACAGGAACCUGACGGCGGUGCCCCCCGACCUGCCGCCCUACGUGCGCAGCCUCUUCAUCACCGGCAACCCCCUGACCGACCUGCCGGCCGGCGCCUUCCCCGCCCAGCGCCUGCCCGACCUCGCUUCCCUCAACCUCAGCGGCAACCACCUGCGGACCGUGGAGGCCGGCUCCCUCGCCCUGCCCGCCCUGCGGCAGCUGGACCUCAGCGGCAACGCGCUGGUCUCCCUCAGCCCGCAGGCCUUCGGGGAGGGCGGCAGCCCGCUGGAGGAGCUGGCCCUCCGCGGGGCCCUGCGCGACCACGGCGUCCUGCUCAGCCUGGCCGCCCUGCUGCAGGCCGGGGCCCUGCGCAACCUCAGCCGCCUGGAGCUGGCCGACAACGGGCUGCUGCUGCUGCCCGCCGGCAUGUUCACCGCCCUGCCCGCCCUGCGGCAGCUGGACCUCAGCAACAACUCCCUGGUGGGCCUGCGAAACGUCUCUUUCCAGGGGCUGGGCCAGCUGCAGAGCCUCAACCUCAGCGACAACUCCCUGGGCGUGCUGUGGAACAGCACCCUGGCCCAGUUCCGCAGCUUGCCCGCGCUCCGGCACAUCGUCCUGCGCCGCAACACCUGGGUCUGUGACUGUGCCAUCGAGGACCUGCUGGCCUGGCUCAAGGAGAGCGACCAGGUGGAGGGCAAGGAAGCCCUGACCUGUGCCUCCCCUGACAAGAUGCUGGGCAAAGCCCUGCUGAAGAUCAAUGGCUCGGACCUGAACUGCUCCGUGCCCACAGACCUGCCUUCCCAGCUACAGACUUCGUACGUCUUCCUGGGGAUAGUCUUGGCUCUCAUUGGGGCCAUAUUCCUCCUAGUUUUGUACUUGAACCGAAAAGGAAUCAAAAAGUGGAUGCACAACAUCAGAGAUGCCUGUAGGGAUCACAUGGAGGGCUACCACUACAGAUACGAGAUCAAUGCAGACCCCAGGUUAACAAACCUCAGCUCCAACUCGGAUGUCUGACGAAGUGCCCCAGAUGCAGGGCAGUGCAAAGUACCUAUGCAUGAAAAGUAGACUUGUGCUUUACCCUUGUGCUUGCUUCCAUCUCCCCUGAAAAGUCUCAGACAUGCUUGUAACUUGAGGGGGACAUGCCUCCCUGUGAUGUCAAGUCAAUUUUUGUUUUGAGACACUGGACUGCUGGGCACGGUGUUCAGCCGUGUGUAGGAAACAAGCUGCUACUUAUUUUCCUCUUUACCUGUCUGCACCUGUUGGAAAUUUUUUUCAAGAUGUCAAAAGAAAAAAAAAAAGGAUUCUCUCUGAUGAUCCAAAGCCACCAGAGUUUAUAAAACGUUUACUGAUGCAGACGCCAUUCAACAAAAGCUGCCUCAACUUUUUGGGAAAAAAGUUACAUGUUCCUGUGUGCCAGUUUUGAUCUUGUAUAUCUGAAUUGAGAUGCGAUGAUUACAUUUCAUAGACUAUCUUGAGAUUUUAAAAACCAAACAAUCUCCUUUUAACUGCUCUUCAGAAGGAAAUCAAAUAUCAAGCAUGCACAAAUACUGUAUAGUUUUACAUGUUAGGAAAUUUAUGAUCUCAGUAAGUCUCUUACUAUUUUGUAGUUAUUUUUGAUUGCAGUUUACGUGACUUGACAGAAUUUUUUAUACAAACGGCAUCUAAACUCCAUCUAAACUCAGUCUGAACUGUUAAAUUCAAUAAACAGUCUUACAAGAACUGUCGUGUUUGCUCUUCAAUGAGAAAAGUAUGGACAUCUAAGAAUGUGUAUAGCACUAUAGUCUCUGAAGUAAUAGCCCCGCAGUAGUAAUAUGAUUAAAAGUUUAUACAAUUGUGUAUAGAGCCAUAAAUGUUUGGUGAUUUUGUGAUAUAUGCUAGGAGAAUUAUAAUGAGAAUUAAACAACGAGAGCAGUUCCACUUGGCACAAACCCCUCAGACUGCUCUCUGAAAGCACCUGCAUAAUGUCAAGACAUGGUAGGGUUCACUUUCCUGGGAAGGUACAAGCUAAUAGAAUUUUCAUAAGGACUCCUCUACCAAAUUUAAAAAAAAAUUAAAUUGUGGAGUUGGUAAGCUAAAGGAAAUUUUACCUGAAAGGAAUUGCUUAUUAUAAAAAAACAUACUUAUGUGUCCUGAACUAAAUUAAAUGCAGCUCAGUCGUGCGGUCAGCAAGCUCUAGGCUUGUGCAUCACAUACAGCAUUUAUUAGAUUGCUGUUUCCUUUUUAAGGUCUAAGUGCUUGUGAGGUUCUGUAGCGAUCUACAUCCAGUUACUUGAUGGAACUUUACAUUUAUCUUAAUGCAUUUAACAGGUGCACUUCAGUAUAGUGUGUUGCUUACUACUUGCUCGGGAAUGCAUUUUCUUGUAAAUAUAUAAAGCAUGCAAAAAAAUCCUUCAGAAUGCCUAAUUUAAGAUGCAACUCGGACCACAAAUAGAAAGGUUAGCAAGAACCUUGCAGUGGCUGCCAAUAAUUAGUGCACUUUUUCUAAUCUAUUUAUGGUUUCUUAAUGAAAAAAAAAAAAAAUACACCAGCUGUAAAAGUGUGAUGUGACUUGAUAUAUACCAGUUUAUCUGUGGAGCUUUUUCCAUGGUCACGGUUACUUGAAGCUCUUGAGCAUCUCUCAAAUGUUAUGAAUUGCUGGCUAAUUCCUUUUGCUUUCAAAAGUGACAGUUUUCUCGUAGAUAUAUAUGUUUGUAGGAGCUCAUAAAUAUAAAAUAGUCUUUAAAGUGUCUGAAGACAUAUAAGCUAUUUUGGGCAUCGGUAUUAUUCAAAAGCAUUUUUCAUCUUGUGACUUCAGACGAAGCAAGUAGCACAACUUGCUUUUGACUAAUUUUCUACUGCUUUAAAUUGGAUUUGUUUAAUAGCAGUGAUUUUUU